AUCUCUAAAAGAUAAAGUUCUAAACAAUACUAAAGUAUAUGUAUAAUUCAUAUUUAUCCGUAACAAAGCACGAGUACAGUGUUACAAGAAAAAAAACUCCUAAUCCCAUUCCCAUUGCUACCGUUCGAAUGGUGCACGCCGAAUAUUUUGGUGGCGGGCGGGGACCAGGCGUCAAACCACAGCGCGAGCGCCGCGCCGGUGGAGUGGAACACCAAAGUCGCGCGAAUUGGGCGGGGUUAGUGAAGUGAGACACGCCUGUCAACCUCACACCAGAGCUAAGCAGCAGCGCUGCGUGUGUACGUCUCGCCUGUCCUAAUCCUCUCGGAAAAAGCGACCUAGAGAUAGAUCUCGAUCGAUCGAUCUCUUCUUGGACUACCUGCUCGAGUGCUCGCUCCACAGAUUAGUUCUUUUAGUUGAAGUUUAACUGCGCGAGGUUAAUUCCAUGGCGUCCAUAAUCAUCGUGGUGGUCGUGUUCGCCCUCGACGCCCUCGCCUUCGUCCUCGCCAUCGGCGCCGAGAAGCGCCGGAGCACGGCCACGCUGGGCCAGGACACGAGCGGCCGGCCGUACUGCGUGUACAGCUCCGACGCGUCGACGGGGUACGGCAUCGGGGCGCUGCUGCUGCUGCUCGCCGGCCAGGCCGUCGUCAUGGUGGUCACCCGCUGCUUCUGCUGCGGCCGCGCGCUCUCGCCGGGGCGGUGGCGCGCCUUCUCCGGCUUCUGCUUCAUCGCCUGCUGGUUCGCGUUCGUGAUCGCGGAGCUGUGCCUGCUGGCGGGGUCGGUCAGGAACGCGUACCACACCAAGUACAGCACGCUGGUGAUGAGGGGGCCGCUGCGGUGCGCCAUGCUGCGCAAGGGCGUCUUCGCCGCCGGCGCCGCCUUCACCUUCCUCACCGCGCUCUUCGCCGAGCUCCACUACCUCUUCUUCGCCAAGGCCCGCCACGCCGCCGACGUGCCCCCGCCCAUCGUCGGCGGCAUCGGCAUGACCCGCAUGUAGACAGAUUGUAAUUCUGAUUCUGGUUUCCCGAAUGCAUUUGGUGUUUGCACCCCGUCUGACCCGCGACGCGUUGAUGCCUCGAUUGUUCUACUUUGUAGAUGCAUUCUCAUUGCCCAGUCUACUAUAUAUCUGUAACUGCGUGUCUGCGUACUACGUUUUCUAAUUGAUCGGACAUCUUGACCUGCA